CUUUGGUCCACGGCACCAUUGCUUCUCGAUCCGUAGACACAUGCGAUGCAUCUGCGUGCAGGUGGCCAGUUGCACCUCCAGUAUUUCAUGCCCCAGCACCAACCGAAGGAAACCACCGACAUGCAGGACACGGCCGUGUGCAGCUCGUCCACUUCGCCGGCUGCCACCAUGUGGGAGUAUCACCAGGCGGCGCAUGCGGCGGCCUUUCAAACCUCCUCGUCGUCGUCUUCUUUCCCCUCCUGGAGCCCCUACGCCGCGACGACGACGGCGCUCCUCGGCGCCAGCCCGGCCUUCGCCACCGACUCGUCGCCGUCGUCCGACAUGCGCCUUCCGGCUGCAGGGGAGCACAUCCACGGCCAUGCAUGGAGCCAGCACGGCGAACAAAGCAACAGCACAUGCUACAGGGAGAACUUCAUCGAUCUGCUCGCGUCGAAGAACGUGACGACGGAGAUGUUCGAGGACGUCCCGGCCGGCCACUACGCCGCGCCGGCACUGUCGACGGGACGAUUCGGAGCAGGGUCUGAUGUUUCGCCGGUCAAGUACGAGAUCACCGGCUCGCCGCUGUUCUUGGGGAAUACUAACGGUGUGUUCCAGGGGAUGAACACGAUGAGUUGCACGCCAUGCUACGCCUACUCAGAUCACCAUCAGAUGAAGGAAGGCAGCGACCAGCAGCAGCAAGAACUUACAACCCCGGCCAUGGCUUCCUUUCUUCAGCAACUAAGUACAAAUGCUAGCGUUGGCAUGCAUGCUAGUUUGGAUUAUUCAGGCAUCGGAGGACUUGAUAAGAUUUGCCAGGAGAGUCGAGCAAUGGACGCUAGUCCUUUUAGCAUGAGGAGCUUGCCAGAUCUCAGCUCUUUUGGUGGCUACAGGUCAACCGCAGAAUCGACAUCGUCGGUGCAACCAUACAUGAGAUCCACUAAUCUGUCUGACAGCAGUAAACAAGAGCACGAUAUUGUGUCGGCAAGGAGUAGCAGCAGCGGCAGCGGAGCGGCGAGUGACCGUAAGAAGCGGCCGUCCGAGGAAAAGACGAGCACAGUGAAGAAGUCUAAGCAAGAGGUUUCUAAAGCAUCACCUCCCAAGCAACAAGUGCCUAAAGUGAAGAUAGGAGAGAAGAUCACAGCAUUGCAACAGAUCGUUUCACCAUUUGGGAAGACUGACACAGCAUCGGUGCUGUUUGAAACAAUCAAGUACAUCAAGUUUCUGCAUGAACAAGUACAGCUACUGAGCGAACCGUACACGAAUUCGAGCAGGGACAAGGGUAACGUCCCGUGGGGAGAUCAUGCAGAGGCGAGCAAGGGAGAGGCAGAGCAUGACCUGAGGGACAGGGGGCUCUGCUUGGUCCCUGUCUCGUGGACCCCUGAAGUCUACCGGGACGGCACUGCGAUGGACUACUGGACGCCGACGUACAGGGGUUGCCUGUACCGAUGAGGUCUCAUCUGACUGCUAGCUGAAAAGUUCCUUCAUGAUCAGUGGCUCUGCUCCGAAGUUGCAUAGGACUCCAGCUGAUCCGCUACCUUGUCGUGCUUGUGCUUCCUAGUUUGUAUUUGACUAGUUUGUUUGCUUUGCUUUGCAGUGUUGUCCUUGUUGGUUCGUAAUGAGUGCUGAAGAAAUGAUCUGAAUUAAUGGGCCUUAAUUAACUGCUCACAUUUGUACCAGUAACGUAUCACGGCCCCAAAUUAGCAUAAGUCCAAAGCUUGUUUGCUUAACGGACAAGUGAUUAGAAAAAUUUAUACAGGAGUAAUGACUCAGACAUCUAGUAUACAGUAUACACUGUGUGAACUGGGCCAAACAGGCAGAGCCUUCCUCCUGCUGCCCCAAUGUCUCAUACGUGCAGUCUACAGAGUUUACACACACAAACACACAGAGAAAUCUUAUACAUGGGUGCGUACCAUGUCUAUGACCAUGGCAAUGCGAGAAGAGCUAGGAACGACGCAACCAGCUGCAGCCAGCAGGCCGUGACCGUGCUGCGGCAGCCAGAUCGGCCACAGCCUCAUGUCGGUGAGUAACACAGCUGAAGGCAGAGAUGACGUACGCCAUAUCGAACGCUAGCUGCCGGCGCAACCGUAUACGAAGCGCAACACACCGCCUCCGCUCCCAGGUCCCAGAUAGCUGCAUCAGCCUGCUUCCCUGGAAGGCACGCGGCCUGCAGCGUUGAGGAAGAGACGGAAAAAAAACUUUAGUUUAUUUUAAAUUAAUAUUUUAAUAACAGCACGUGAGAAUUUAAAAUUUCAACAAGUAACUCUUUUGGUCGCAUCAAAG